AUGGGGUGGCUUUCGGGAUAUAAGAAGAGGAAGUCUGAAUUAGCACCAGAGCAUAAGUUUGAAUACAUCAACCUUAAAGAUUUCCAGGAUAAGUCGUUUGUCAAUGUCACAGCUUACGUCUGGAUUUAUUUGAGUAUCUUGAUCUCACUCGCAUGUGUGGCCGCUGAUACUUAUACGGCCAUUACUCUCCUCGUGUAUAACAGAUGGUCUAGUCAAAUCCAACCAGUCAUUCCUUUUGAGACAGCAAAAAUCAUCUUCGCCAUUUGUAUACUUAUCUCCUACCUUCUAAUCAUUUACGACUGGUUUUUUGCGAUCAAGGUCAUCAGAAGAGGCGGUGUGGCAGAUGCCUACAUGAAUGUUAUUGCGCUGCGCUGGAACAGCGUCUGGGGUGGGAAGGGAGACGAUGAUUCUGGCUGGAAAAGAUUCCUGGUAUUUGCUCGACUGACGGAGCAAAGAGGAAAAGCAGACUAUGUUGCUUUGUUCACCUACUUUUCCUUCAAAGGUUGGGUGGGGGUUGUCUUUGCUGAGGGUCCCAGAGUUGUCAUAAAUACAUUCACUCUCGUCUCUGUUGUCUCUGCGGAUCUCCUUCCAGAGAAAGAGGCUGAGGCUCUCUCAGCAAUCUCCAAAUUUUUCGAAAACAUCGACCAUCUCUGGAGCGAAAACAAGAUUCAAGUCGUGGUCCUAUGUUCGAUGGCCUUCACUACAAUUCUCUGGAUUUUUGCAGUUUUACAGCUUCUCAUUGCAUGCAUUCUCUUCAUCACGUUUCUUUGGCACGUUAUGAAUGGUGACUCGCUCCGAAAAUACUGUAAAGAACGUAUUGAUAAGCGAAUGGGCGAGAUUGUUCUUGCAAACCACAAGAAAGGGAUCCAGAAGGAGAAUAAGGAGAAAUCUCAAGCUGGGAUGCUACGCGCACCGACGAUUCCAGCUGCGGCAAUGAUGGAAAAGCCGUCAUAUGCAUCUUCAAUAAUUAGUUCGAAUAUCUCAGCAGGAGCGAGGAUGCAGCAGCCAUCUCGGCAACCAACGCUGCCUAGUAUUGCAGAUAUGGAGAGCAGAAGAGGGACACCGAAGCCGCUGCAACGUGUGCAGACUUCGACUUCUGUCGCUAGCUCUGGCCGUCCGAUGGGCAGAAGCCAGACGAUGAUGUCUGGUUCAUCCUACGAAUCAUCUGCCCCAUUGAUUUCGUCACAAGCAGAGUACGCGGAAAGGCAGCAGCAGGUUCAACGACAAUGGGGUUCUCCACCGCCUAUGCCUGCCCCUCCUUCCACAUACGGAUACGCGGGCAACGGCGGAGGAAGAAGCGAGGGCAGCAGAACACCUGCGCCGACAUAUGCCGGAAGCAUCGUUGGUAGUAGAACUCCUGCGCCGUCAUAUGCUGGAAGUAGCAGUGGCAGGAGUGAGGGGAGAAGAACCCCAGCUCAGAGAAACGGGCCAGGCUUCCAAACUCAGGACUACCACUCGCCAUCAUCGCAGAGCGGAAGAGGCCCAUUUGCUGCAGAUAGAUUAAACAGGCAACAAAUGCAAGAUGGAUAUGCCGAUGGAUCAUCCAUGUCUGGACAAGGCCGGUACCAGGGACAAGGUGGACAAUAUCCACAGAGACCACCGCCAAGUAGAUCGGGGUCAGGUAGAUCAGGUUAUGCACCAGGACAAGGGAGAUUCCCGAUUGCAGUGAUGUCCAGAGAGCAGCAACUGCAAUCAGCGCAGAAUAGGUUCCCAAUCGCACUUCCGAGAGAGCAACCGCCACAGCAGCAGCAACAACAUGAACCGCAAUACUAUAGUGAAUCUCCAAUUGAAAUGAUGCAGUCGCCUCAGGAAUACUACCCAGCCCACCAACAGACUCCUACAACAGAGCAAAACCCAUUGCAACUACCUCCAGACCCACAGCCAUAUGCAUACGAAUAUUUCCCACCAAGUCGCCAACAACAGCAACAACAGCAGGAGCAAAGUUACCAGCAGCAAGAGCAAUCGCGCCCUCGAUUACCUCGAUUAGAUACCCAAACUCCCAGCCCAGUAAACGCUGGUGGGUACAAACGACCAACAUAUACUCCUGCUUCAGCUGUUGCAAACACCCCUUCCUCGGCUGCUAGAAAUGCUCCUGGUCAGAACUUUGAUGAACUACCAUCAAGUUACUUUUCUAGUAGAGAAGAUCCCAUACAGGUACGAAGUACCACGACGCCUCCAGUCGUUAGGGAAUUUCAACAGCCACAGAGGAGCGCAACGGCAAGACCAGACAUUGGGAUGCAAGGUUCAAACGAACAUGGUCGAUUCCAACCGCCGGCAAGGAGCGCAACAACGAGGCCAGAAGAUUUUAUUAGAAGGGAUAUCUGA